ACACACAUACAUACGUUUGACACAUUACAUUUGACCUUCGUCGAAGUCAAAUAACCUAGGUAAUUGAUAAUGUCACAAAUGAAACCCGAUCAAACUUUACCCGCAUCAAGUUCAUGUGGCUUGCAUUUUUGAUUGCUUUAAAUCGAAUUAGUCCUCCAUCAAACAACUUUAGCUAGCAACUACUCGCUAAUGUAUUUCACAUUAAAACAGUUUUAAAAUGAAAUAUUCUUUUAAAAAUUACAAAAAACAUCUGCAUUUAUAACCGUCAUUUCUAUUCAAAAUUCAACUUCUAUUUUCAAAAUCGUUAAAAAACCGGUUACGCAACUAAAACAGAAACCAAAUUGGUUUUAAUGAGAUAGACAUUAGGGAUGUUACUGUCCCAUACAAAAUUAUUCAUAGCUACUAAAAUACUCGCAUUACAAUGCGUUUUUUUCACUAACACUGGGGAUGACGGCCGACAAAAGGGUGGGCCGGGCCAAAUAAUUGCCAAAACGCUUCGAGAGUCCCAUUGUGUUUAUUUACAAUAGGGUGCACUAAGUGGGGGUAGUUUUUGUAAUUGUAACUUGCGGAGCGAUCGCCCUUCGAUACCAGUUGUAGAUCCACCGCCGAGCGACAAACAUGUCUCGAUCAUUCCUAGUUGAUACGUUAAUCAGUGAUACUAAAGACAAGACCAACAUGCCUAGUGACAAUCCUUACACGUUGCUGCAGCAUAUGGACACCAGACCAAAGUUCCUACCGUACCCAUACCCAAGCAAUCUAAACAAUUUGCUGGGUCUGGGUCUCCCGCCACGGACGCCUGAACUCUUCAGACCUUUCUUAGAGCAUCUGAACUUCCGUUAUCCUUUAAUGCAGCAGCUACCACAGCCAGAAUUAUACGAGCGCAGUGAACCAAGACCGUUUUACUUGAAGACUGAAGAACAAGAACCUAUAAACUACGUCAACAGAAGGAAGAAGUCAGUGUCGCCGUAUUUGCACCAUCCUUAUAAGUCUGCAACCACAUCGCCUUCGAAAAGCCAAGGUCAACGCUCACCUUCACUCUCCGGUGACAGCAGAAACGGUACACCAAGCCCGCCGCUUGCGCACCCUGAGGAGCUCCUCCCUGGUUUCUCUAAAGACUUGAAACGUAUGCCGUUGAAAGAGGAUUCAAGUAAGCGCAUCAGAACAGCUUUCACUGGCACGCAACUGUUGGAAUUGGAACGCGAGUUCUCCAUGAACAUGUACCUGUCAAGAUUGAGGAGAAUCGAGAUCGCUUCACGACUAAAGUUGUCUGAGAAACAAGUGAAAAUCUGGUUCCAGAACCGUCGUGUUAAGCUGAAGAAGGAGGAGACCCCGGCCGCAGCCGACGGCAGGGUUAAGAAGUGCUGUUGCUCUAAGGCCUCUUGCAGUUCCAAAACUCAACCAGAGGCGGGCUGUGACAACGACCAAGAACAAAUUGAUGUAGUCAGUGAUAACGAUAGUUUUGAAGUUCAAAAUUUAACGCAGUAUUCCUAAAAAGGCGGUGUUUAUUAAACACGCUCCAAGCCUCAAUUACCUUUUAAUUGUUUGUUCUUUUGUUUGUAAGAACGGGAUAGAACAAAAGUACCUAAUAAGGGGAUAAGAAAGUGAUAAUAAUGAACAGUUUUACUGACUUGAAGUACAAUUUUGAUUUAAUGAUCAUUCUGCAAAGAUGUUAUUUGGUAAAUAACCCUAUUAUUAUAAUUAUAUACAUAAUUUGAGCUAAGAAGCAGAGCUUGUGACUUGUAACGAAAUAAUGAAAGUUAAUAUUACCACGUAAAUUGCUAAUUAGGUUGUCAACAAGGAGGAUAAUUCUGUGAAAUAGAAUAUAAGGAAAUUUGUAGAUAUGUUUGUCUAUUGUUAAGAAUUGUAAAUAAUUAUUUAUGGGAGACGAUGUAGAAAUAUAUUUUUGUACCGAAUGGAAAUUUUGUUAGGCGUAAUAAAUUUUAUAUUGAAAUAUUUGAUUUGUUUGAUUUCUGCAUAUAGUUUAUGGAAUGUCUUUAUUAUUAGGGGACCAAUGUCAACCGAUGUCAUUCGAGGACAAAGAAUUUUGAAAGAGGGGGAGGAAAGUAUUUCAUUCCUCCUCACAGCUUUUAUUAUGGACAAGUUUAAAUUAAAUAAUGCAGAGAAUUCCAAACAAAUUUAAAUUCAUUUAUAACUAGAAAUGAAUUUAUUAACUAAGUUAAUUAAACAUUUCUGGCGCUGACUGUUUAUUGGAAUUACCUCCGUUAAUUUAAAGUUUUUUCCAUUUGAAAGUUAGUACGAAUUAGCAUUCGUUAAUAAAUAGGAUCGUAUUCGACUUAGACCAUUAUUUAUAGAGAUAUGUAGUUUGAGACAGAGAUGGACAUA